CUACAGCUUCCUUCAACUGCUAUCACUGAGCUCCUUCCAGAUCCAUCCCUAUCCAUCAUUGCCUUCUUGAAAUUCCCACUUCCAGUGAUUUCAAAAAUCGACUGCAAUAUCUCUGUGGAAGCCUACUUCAGCCAUGAUCAGCCAAAUGUUGAAGAUCUCAACAAAAUCAAAUCUAUACCUCUGCCACCUUCCUCACUUCUUGAGAAACUCCUUGAUCAAGGCCUUCGAGCUGCCCUUGAGCAACAAAAGGUCUCAGUUCAAUGCCCACAUACCCCAAUAGACAGUAAAACUUGCCUGCCAUUGUGGGUGAUUACCUAUUGGGCAGAGGUCCUUCACCUUCGAAGAAACUGCUGUCAGCACUGGAUUGAAGCAGAGCACAUCCUGGAGAGCCGGAGCUGCUCAUGGAAAGCAGCCUAUAGGCAGGACACUCAUGACCUGAUCAAACAAGUUUAUAACUUGCUUGGAAGCUUACCCUGGUCAGGAAAUGUCCUAGGCUUCGAAAAUCAGGUAGCCAUGCACCAUCUCACCAUAUAUAUAACACAUGAUUGGCUAUUUGAUGUGCACGAGAAUCAGAUGUUGGAUCUCCUCCGAACUGGCAUC